AUGCAGGAGAUUCGGUCCUCACUGGUCAAGGGAGAGCUCGGGCCGACGGGGCCUUGCGCGCCUGCACGCUCUGUGUCGCCGACACGGGCUCCGCGUAGUGCCCUCCGGGUGGUCCGCAGUGCGGCGGGCGGCGGCGCGGAGCCGGGAACAGCGGCCCGGCCGGUUUCGGGAGGGCGCGGGGCCGGGGACGCGCUUGCGCGGUGGGUGCGAGCUGGCCCGGUGCGCGCGCGCGCGUGCGCGGACGGAGAGGGCGGGGGCGCGCGGCAGGCACGGCAGGAACAUGGCGCGCGGGAGCGGCGCGCGCGCCUAGCUGGCGGGACCGUUAGCUCUAGGCAGACGCCGCCGCCGCCGCCGGGCCCCGCGGGGAUGGAACAGCCGCUGCCUCUGGCGCCCGAGCCGGCCUCGGCGCGGAGCCGCAGGCGGCGGGAGCCCGAGUCUCCGCCGGCGCCGAUUCCUCUCUUUGGUGCUAAGACUAUUGUCCAGAGAAGUCCUGAUGAACCAACACUGAGCAAAGCUGAAUUUGUUGAGAAAGUUCGUCAGAGUAACCAGGCCUGUCACGAUGGAGACUUCCACACAGCUAUCGCUCUGUAUAACGAAGCCCUGGCCGUUGACCCUCAGAACUGCAUUUUAUACAGCAAUAGAUCUGCAGCCCACAUGAAGACCCAGCAGUACCAAAGGGCACUGGACGAUGCAAUCCAAGCCCGGCUCCUCAACCCCAAAUGGCCAAAGGCAUACUUCCGACAGGGUGUUGCCCUCCAGUACCUUGGACGCCACGCAGAUGCCCUGGCCGCCUUUGCAUCUGGGCUGGCUCAAGACCCCAAAAGCCUACAGCUCCUCGUGGGGAUGGUGGAAGCUGCCAUGAAGUCUCCCAUGAGAGACACCCUGGAGCCCACUUACCAGCAGCUUCAGAAAAUGAAACUGGACAAGAGUCCCUUUGUGGUCGUGUCUGUGGUUGGGCAGGAGCUGCUGACAGCCGGCCACCACGGGGCCUCCGUGGUCGUCCUGGAAGCUGCUCUGAAGAUCGGCACUUGCAGCCUCAAACUGCGAGGCUCCGUCUUCUCAGCCUUGAGCAGUGCACACUGGUCUCUUGGGAACACAGAGAAGAGCACUGGGUACAUGCAGCAAGACUUGGAUGUAGCCAAGACCUUAGGUGACCAGACAGGAGAGUGCCGAGCUCAUGGGAACCUCGGCUCUGCGUUCUUUUCCAAAGGGAAUUACCGAGAGGCUCUGACUAACCACAGGCAUCAGCUGGUGCUCGCCAUGAAACUCAAGGACCGCGAGGUAGGAGCCUCCCUGUGGAGCGCACUCCCGCCCUCAGAAACACGGAGCCCCCACCUCUGCAGGGAGUGUUGGGGGCCCUACCGUCUUCAGAAGUUGAUAAUCAUUUAUUGA